UAUAUAUAUAUAAGCGCCUUAAUACCCUACAAACAUUACAUUGCUACAGCUUUCUAGUUCGGUUUAUCAAGCGGAGCAGAUGCCUAUAACUGCAGCUGGAAUCACUACGUUUCCACAGAGAUUACGACUAAUUAGGUCACAGCAAAUGCAUCAAAUUAAACGUAGGAUGAGCAGUACGUUUUCAGGGAGGGAGGAAAUAUGGAGGAAUGAGGAGGAGGAGGAAGAGGAGGAGAUAAAGAAAGGGUCGACGUGGUGGAUGCCACAUCCUCGAACAGGAAUAUAUUUUCCAGUAGGCCAAGAACGAGUAAUGGAUGACAUACCAAAUGGUGCUGCCUCUCUUCCUCAGACUUAUUGGCUUAGGAGUGAAGAUGGUGUUGACAAACCUGAUCCUGAUUUUCCCAUUGCCCAUCACUUUACCAAUUAUACGCAUCGCUAUUGAUUUAAGGCCAAAACAUUUUCCUAUCUUCCAAAAAUAACCAGUGCUAGCUCUUACUACUACUAAAUACUACGUGACAAAAUAAUGUAUUAUUACAUGGUUUCAUAAGUAAUCCACUGUAUGUAUGUUUUGAAAGAAUAAAUAGUCAGAUACAUAUCGUAAUACAGUCAAACUUCUUUAU